UACAUUUUGUGCCGCAGCAGAGCUCGCUAUGACGUGCUGUGCGUCAGUGGUGUGUUUACUUUUGGGAAUAGGCGUGCAGAACGGAUGGAGCCUCCCUGUCAAGUCGGUAUUUGUCACCUUCCCAGGGGACGUCAUCAAAAAUGUGACAGAUGUGGAGCUGGCAGAAAGUUAUCUGAAAAGGUUUGGUUACAUGGAGACGGAGCAGCGCAGUGGCUUCCAGUCCAUGGUGUCCACAGCAAAGGCUCUGAAGAGGAUGCAGAGACAGAUGGGUCUGGAGGAGACUGGAGAACUGGACAAGCCGACACUUGAGGCCAUGAAGCGACCUCGCUGUGGUGUUCCUGAUGUGGCCAAUUACAAAACCUUUGACGGGGAUCUCAAAUGGGACCAUACUGAUGUUACAUACAGGAUCCUGAACUAUUCUCCUGACAUGGACAGCAAACUGAUUGAUGAUGCCUUUGCAAGAGCCUUCAAGGUGUGGAGUGAUGUCACUCCUCUGACGUUUACCCGUCUUUUUCAAGGCAAUGCAGACAUCAUGAUCUCCUUUGGAAAAGCUGACCACGGGGAUCCAUACCCCUUUGACGGUAAGGAUGGCCUUCUAGCUCACGCCUAUCCUCCUGGUGAGGGCAUUCAGGGGGACGCCCACUUUGACGAUGACGAACACUGGACUCUGGGAAAAGGAGCAGUGGUGAAGACUUACUUUGGCAAUGCGGAAGGCGCCAUGUGUCACUUCCCCUUCACUUUCGAGGGGAAAUCGUACACCAGUUGCACCACCGAAGGCCGUUCCGACAACCUGCCCUGGUGUGCAACCACAGCUGACUACGACGAAGAUAAGAAAUACGGAUUCUGCCCAAGUGAACUCUUGUUCACAUUUGACGGAAAUGCGGAUGGAGCCCCCUGUGUCUUCCCCUUCACCUUCCUGGGUGAUAAGUAUGAUAGCUGCACCACCGAGGGUCGCAACGACGGAUACCGCUGGUGUGCCACCACUAGCAACUUUGACACAGACAAGAAAUAUGGUUUCUGUCCCAACCGUGACACUGCUGUAACUGGAGGAAACUCAGAGGGAGAUCCCUGCCACUUUCCUUUUCUGUUCCAGGGCAAGGAAUACCACUCAUGUACUAGUGAGGGGAGGACAGACGGCAAAUUGUGGUGUGCCACCACUGACAACUAUGAUAAAGACCAGAAAUGGGGUUUCUGUCCUGACCAGGGUGAGCAACAUGAAUGCAAGAAUUUGUUCUGCGUUUAUCAUUUUAUGAGAUUUAUGAAAUUUCUAACUGGCUGUCUUCCAGGUUAUAGCCUGUUCCUGGUGGCUGCCCACGAGUUCGGACACGCCCUGGGUUUGGAUCACUCCAACAUUAGAGAAGCUCUCAUGUUCCCUAUGUACAGCUAUGUGGAGGAUUUCUCCCUGCAUGAGGACGACAUUGAAGGCAUUCAGUACCUCUACGGAAAUAAAACAGGCCUUAGUCCUACUCUCAACGCCACAAAAAAACCUAAUCUGACUAGAUCAUCUGUCGUGACAGUGUCACCCACUGUAGAUCCCACCAAAGACCCCUGCAAGAUCCACAAGUUUGACACCAUCACUGUGAUUCAGAGACAUUUGCAUUUCUUCAAAGAUGGGCAAUUCUGGAAGGUACCAAGCAAGGGAGACGGAGGUCGAAAGGGACCAUUUUCCAUUUCUCAGAGUUGGCCAGCUCUACCUGCUGUCAUUGACUCUGCCUUUGAGGAUGUUCAGACCAAAAAAAUAUACUUCUUUUCAGGAAGCAGGUUCUGGGUGUACACAGGAAGCAGUGUGCUAGGUCCCCGCAGUAUUGAGAAGCUUGGUUUGCCCCCAAGUGUGCAGAAGGUGGAGGGAGCGCUACAGAGAGGGAAGAGCAAAGUGCUUCUCUUCAGUGGAGAGAACUUCUGGAGGUUUGAUCUCAAGACCCAAGGGAUUGACAAAGGAUACCCCAAAUAUACCGACGCCAUUUUUGGAGGUGUCCCUAAUGAUGCUCAUGAUGUGUUCCAGCACAAAGGCAACAUUUACUUCUGCAGAGAUCGUUUCUACUGGCGCAUGAAUUCUCGCAGGCAGGUGGACCGCGUCGGCUAUGUGAAAUAUGAUCUUCUGAAAUGCCCAGAUGCCUCAAGAAAUCACUACUGAGAUACAUGCACAGAUGGGCAGUGAGGAUGUAGCAACCAAAUGUUUCUUUGUGCAGGUGUCUGAAAGAAUGUGAUGCAGUGUUUGUUCAUCAUGCCUUUUGUAUGAUGUAUGUGCUUUAUGCAAUGUGAACAACUGGCUUCUAUUGAAUUUGGCUGAUUAUUACUCAUACAGCAUUGGACUGAAUGCAAGUCAAAGGCCCAGAAGGCAAACAACCAUUGUUUGCACUCAGUCUAACAUGCUGUGAACUGAUGACCAUAGUGGCCUAUAAUUUGAGACCCAUACAAGUAAAUUCAAGACAUGCUUUCUGGAUAAAACUCCGGAUUUGCAGAUGAAAUUUCAUGUCUGACUGGUUCAGACCCUUGUCAGUAUUCAAAUAUUUUUUUUUGGUAUUUAUAGCAACAUCUAAUAUUAUUAUUUUAUGUCAUAAGCCUAUUUGUUUUGUGUGGUUUUAUGUGUUUUUCUGAAAGUGGUUUCAAAGCCAUAAACUUGCACUGGAAGACAUUCUGUGUCUCCUUAAUUAAAAUUAUUUAUAAAACUAAUAAUUUUGUACAAAUAUUCCAGCUUUCAAUGCAAUAAAAAUUCUGUGAGAACAUUC